AUCUUACCUAUUCAUAUUGUUCAUCUCUUGAACCUAACAUUAAAGAAUGAUAAACGAUUGCAGGUAGCUGGCUAAAUAUGCUACAAGGAUCUUUCAAUUCCAUCACCAUCGUAUCGCCAAUGAUUGGGCUUUGGCCUGAAUUUUCUUUCUUAUUAUAAAGAGAUAGAAGAAUUAUGAAUGGCUGAGCAUAUAUCGACUUUCGAAUUUAGUCUUUUGAGCGCUUUUUCUGCGUAAAUAUGGCAGGCUCGUCUGUAAUUCAUGGGGUGAACGUUCCAGUCAGAUCCAUUAGCUUGCCAUCCAGGUUGCGGCGUAAUUUGUACAGCUUCACGAACAAUUCACGCUGGUGGUGAGACAAUUUGUACAGGUUUCACUAGGCUUGCAAAGUUGUAUAACAACAUUGAGGAAAUCCUUCAGUCUCCGCUCACUCAAGAAUUCCUUCGCCAUCAGCAAAAUAAUGUAAAACUAGUAGAGGAGGCACUUGAUGACUCGGUUGGAUUGCUGGAUGCAUGUGGUACCGCAAGAGACCUAAUUACGAUGAUGGAGGAGCAAGUACAAGACCAUCAGUCAGCUUUACGUUGUAGGGGCGCAGAUUCAAGCAUUGGAAGCAAUAUCCUUGCUGACAUCAGCUUUAGAAAGAAAUUGAAAAAAAAUUUACUAAAAGCCUUAAGAGCACUGAAGAGAUUGGAAUGCAGCAAUAAUGGCGCCUUUCCUCUCUUUGAUGUAGAUUGCCAUCUAUCGAUGGUGGUAAAAGCACUGAGAGAAUCCAAAGCCAUCACAAUUUUCAUGGAGAAGCCUUUCAAUGCGGCGGGGAUUGUGGACUUUACCUUGUAUACACUCCAUGGACAAGUCCCGAAAAAUGAUGCUAAGAUUGAUGCACAGACUGAACUAAGGAGAUUAGAGACACUGUCUGCUAGCGUCAAAGGUCUCGAGGCAGGCUUAGAUUGCCUGUUUAGAUGCCUAAUCCGAAAUAGAGUGUCCUUACUUAAUAUCCUCACGCCUUGA